AUGCCCUGCAGAGUGGCUGGCUCGGCCCUGAAUGCUGUCACCUCACAGGGAGAUGUCCCUAAACCAGUGACUACUUUAGUAGGAAGAUUUUUGCCAGUGCCAGCAAAAUUAAAUCUCAUUACACAACAACUGGACCACGGAGCCCAGCCGGCCCCGGCCUCGGGGUCUGCUCUGCCCUCGGGACCAGCCCUCCCCGCACCGCCCCGGAUAACGCUGGCUGGGUACUGCGACUGCUUUGCCAGCGGGGACUUCUGCAACAACUGCAGCUGUGAUGCCUGCUGCAGCCACUUACGCCACGGACUGGAGCGCUUCAAGGCCAUUAAGGCCAAAAUCAUGUGCUCCUCUAUCUGCAAAUGCAUUGGCUGCAAACAUUAUGAAGAAAGCCCCGAACAAAAAACGCUCAUGGCCGUGCCAAACUACGCAGAAGCUGGCAGUUUUGAAGGCAGCCAUUACGUGUCAGGACUCCCAAAAUUCAGGAAGGAGAGGCGGUCCUCGUGCAUCUCCUGGGAGGUGGUGGAAGCCGCGUGCGCCUGUCUGCUGGCUCAGGGCGAGGAGGCGGAGAAGGGGCGCUGCUCGGAGUGCCUGGCCCAGCAGAUGGUCCUGGAGGAGUUCGGGAGGUGCCUGUCCCAGAUUCUCCACAUCGAGUUUAAGUCCAAAGGGUUGAAGAUGGAGUAGAGGAGAAGGCGGGGAGGAGAGAGGAGCCGCGGGUCUGCGCUCGGGGUUCCGGGGACCCACGGAGGAGAGGCUGCUUUAAGGAACACGAGGCCGGUCUGUGUCCACAGCUGCACCAUCAA